AUGGCAAUUUGGAUAAAGAAGCUAAUAAAAGAUCUAUUUCUGAAAAUUCCCAAUAAACCGCCGAGUUACUAUUCAAGACUAUCCAUAGAGAAUAUUAAACUGCUCACACAAGAUAAACAGACUAUCUGGGGAUUGCUAAUCAAAGCUGAUGAUGUAACUCCAAAGACAAAGUUCUUUGUGGUAUGCCAUGGAAAGGGCAUUGACAGGGUUGAUGCUGCAGAUUUAGCCAAAUUAAGAAAGCACAAGGAUAAGGACGCUUGCUUUCUUAUGAUUGAUUACAGGGAGUUUGGGGGUUCAACAGGUGAGUUUAUCGUUAAGAACGUCAACUAUGACUUAGAUGCAGCCAUAAAAUAUUUAAAGGAGACCUUUGAAGCAGAGAAAAUAAGCAUUAUUGGACAUUCAUUGGGCACCGGUGUAAUCAUUGAGUAUUGUAGAUAUCUCGUGGACCAGGAGUGCGAAUUCUUCCCAGAAAACGUUUAUUGUUUCUCAAGUUUUACUACUCUUUUUGACUGUCUGAUGAACUUUAGGAUAUAUAGAAUGCUGAUGAGACUGUUUCCAUCGAUCCGAAUACUACUUCCUGGUGAUUUUGAAUACAAUAAUGCAAUGCAUAUCGGGAAUAUACGAUGCAAAAUAUAUUUAUUUCAUGGCAAGCUGGAUCCUCUUGUACCUUGCGAUCAUUCGAUACAGCUAUCAAUUCUCUCAAAUAACUGUUACUUGAAAAUUACUGAAAACGAUAACCACGACUCAAUAUUCGGAAGCGAAGAAUGCUGGGAGAUAAUACUUAACGGGAUAGAAGAGCCGUACUAG